AUGUACCUCUCGCAUUUGUGGAUUGAAGGGAAUGAACGUAGGAAGGUAGAUGAGGGCCAAGUUCGAAUGUCUCGAUAUGCAUGUUUGAUAGAGCGUCUCAUUGACGAUGAGUAUGUGCUCGCUAAGACGUUCGUCUCCACUGUCAUAUGUGUCAGCUUCAGAAGAGAAAUAUUGGAUUAG